UUUUAAAGAAACAAGAAGUUCCUGGUUUACAAGUGAAGAAGCAGAAGUAGAAAAUCAUUAACGUCUCAAACAUGGAAGUCUAUCACACUGUGAUCUUCUUCUUCUUCCUCUCUCUGCAGGAUGAAAACUUUGGUGUCAUUAGUGCAGAAGCGGUAACUUUCUACAUAGUACUUGAAGGAGAAAAUGUGGAAGUCGGAUGCUCGACUUCUGAAGAAACAACCAUAAAGUUUUUCUGCAGAGAAGAAUGUAGUCUGAAGGACGUCAUCAUACAAACACCUCGUGUCAGCGCUCAAGAAGGCAGAUUCAGCAUUGAAUGGAAGCAGAGACCACAAACUCGAUCCGGAGAUGUUUCUGUGAAAGUCUCACAGCUGACCAAGUCUGACUCCGGACGCUACAGGUGUGGUCUCGGUUCAUCUUUAUCAUCAGCUUCAUACACGGACAUUGAAAUCAUCGUUGUAGACGCACGGCUGGAAGGAAACAGAAGAGAAGCUGUUAGAGCAACAACUGGAGGGAGUUUCACAGCAGCAUGCUCUUUCCCUGUGUCUUCAAUUUUCGGUUUGAGAAGUGCAUUCUUCUGCAAGGACGAAUGUUUGUUCAUGUUAAUUGAAUCAGUUGAUAAAACAAAGCAGUCUGGCAGAUAUUCCAUCAGAUAUGUACAAUUUCCAACUGGAGGAUCUGUGUAUGUGAGCAUCUCACAGCUGACCCCGUCUGACUCAGGACGGUACAGGUGUGGUCUGACAAGAAAUGCUUUCCGUGAUCUUGAGCGCACAUUCGAGGUCUUUGUCGCAGACGUCUCAACAACACCAAAACAUAAUUUAAUACCCUCAACAUCAGUCCCAUCAGCAGCAACAACACCGAGCAAACAUGUAGCUGUGACCCCGAUACCCACCGAGCAGUCUGGAACAACAACGACAACAGAAAUGUUGCUGUACGCAGGACUGACCCUGGUCGCCCUGGUUGUCCUGUUAUCGCUCAUUACGAUCAUAUUCUGCAGAAGGAAGUUUUCAAAACCAAAGGACACUCCAAUGGAAACAGAGUUCACAUCUGUCACAGAGACCAACCGAGCAUAUGAAGACCUGAGUGAGGACAAACGGAGAGGAUCCCUUCCUUACGAACACGCCGUGUAUACCAAACCGAAUGGAUUAGAAAUCGACCAUGAAUACAGCACUGUCAGUAGAGCCAGGUCUCAUCAUGCAGCUGAAGAUGACUCUGGUAACAUCACCUACUCUGAGUUGAAUUUUACCAAUCCUACGACCGCCUCGCUCAACCGCGCCCCCAGUGAUCUGACAAUGGUCAUCUACUCAUCACCUCGAGAGAUGUGACCUCUGAUGUGAGCGAUGCCCAAGAUUCUUUGCUGUAAGAGGUCACAUAUCCUCCUCCUCUUCUUCAGUGUAAAUAAGUCUCAGAGCUCCUCAAAACAUGUGUGUGAAGUUUCUUGUUCUAAAUCCACUCUGAUCCUGUAUUUGAUCAUGUCUAUAAACCCCUCUAUUUCAGCCCUGCUCAGAACAGGCUGUUUCUGUGUCUGUACCUUUAAAUAUGUAAAUGAGCUGUGUCUGACCACGCCCCCUCUCUGGAAGGGUUUGGGUGUACUCGGUGCUUUCUCGCUCCAUGUCCUAUUGUUUACGGUGAGAAGGCAGACUCAGAGGGCAGAACAAACACCUAGCUGUGGGAGUGUCACCCACCUGGGGGAGGGGCUACUGCCCUUUGUGAUGUCAUGAAGGGAAAAUCUCCAAACGGACUGUUUGAGCACACAUUUUCUGAAAAGUGGAGCAGGCAGAAGAUGGAGAGGAUGGACUUUUCUCCUCAUUGGGGGGUUUGUAGACGGACUAGAGACACAUGGUGAAGUGGAUUUAAAUAAUAUGUGACCUUUAAUAAGCUUCAAUACUUCCACUGUCUCAUUUUACAUCGUACAUUAAAUAACUGUAGCUAAGAUUAAAAUGAUAACAUCUGUUUAAUUUGAUCUGAUUUAAUUGAUUUUGAUUUGAUUUGUUUAUUCUGAACAUGUAACGUAAAACAAAGGUGAACAUAAAUAGAAAAAACAGAAAAUAAAUAAUAAUUACAAACAGUGGAAAGUAUAAUUCAGCUAUUUUAAGUGACAUGGGAAGAAGUAAACACUUAUUGAAUCCCACCCCCUCUCCAUCUGUUCAACUAGCUUGUAUUAUAUUUGUAAAUUAAGAUUAUUAUAAAGUGUAAUAUAAUAUGAAAAUAUUUUUUUGUAGUUUAUAUUUGUCAAGUUAUAAAUAAAUACAUAAAUGAGCGACAUAUUCUGAAUAAUACAAUAACAAAAACAACAGCAAUAAAAAAGAAAACAGCAGCAACAUCAUGUAAAUAUUGAUCCUUAAUUAAUUACAAAAAGCAACUGUUUGCUUCAGGUUAGAGCUACUUUUCUACUUGUACCGUAUUUUGAACAUAUAGUAUGUAUAUUCCACCCUCAGGUCCCGUUUGUGCUUAUGUGUGUAAUCUGGGACUGUGUGUGAGAAGCAUGUCUCUCAAUAACGGAGUGUAAACCAGAAUUUCCCCUCGGGAAUUAAUAAAGUCAAUAUCUUCGCUG